CUUCACCUAACGAUUGUCGAUACGCCUGGCUUUGGGUGCGCUGUCGACAACACUAACUGUUGGCAACCGAUCACUGAUUUCAUUGAGAACCGAUACGAAGAGUAUCUGAACGCCGAGACUCGUGUCCAUCGGACGCACAUUCAGGAUAAUCGGGUCCAUUGCUGCCUAUAUUUCAUACAACCUUCUGGUCAUUCACUAAAGCCUCUGGACAUUGAGUUUAUGCUUCAUUUACACGAUAAGGUGAACAUCAUUCCAGUGAUCGCCAAAGCAGACACUCUCACACCAGAGGAAUGUCUUCAGUUCAAGAAGAAUGUAAUGAACGAAAUCAGUAAACAUAAGAUCAAAGUCUAUGAGUUUCCCGAAUGCGAUGAAGAAGAAGAGGGAAAGACUCAAAAACAACUGAAGAAUCGGAUCCCAUUCGCUGUCGUCGGCAGUAAUUACAUAAUCGAAGCGAGUGGAGAGCGCAAGAGAGGCCGGAAAUAUCCCUGGGGUUGUGUCGACAUCGAGAAUAUGGAUCACUGCGACUUCGUUGCCCUCAGGAAUCUACUGAUCCGCACAUUUAUGUUGGAUUUGUUGGACACAACGAAUAACGUGCACUACGAAAACUUUCGGUGCCGUAAACUGACGGGAAUCGGACCCGAGAACAAGAAGGCCAUCAACAAGGACUCCAACAAUUAUUGCUCUCAAAGGAUAUCGAAGAACACCUCUCAGAUGGUGUUCUGGAAUCCUUUGGCACAAAUGGAAGAGGAAAAGAAAGAACAUCAGUCGAAGAUGAAGAAGAUGGAGGCAGAGAUGGAACAGGUCUUCGAAAUGAAAGUCAAUGAAAAGGUCAACAAAUUAAAGGACUCGGAGGGAGACUUGACUCGUCGUAACGACGAUAUGAUUAAGAAAUUAGAGCAACAAAGACAGGAAUUGGACGAAAGGAGGAAAGCUUAUCAAAAAGAUUUGGAAGCGUUUGAACUCAUCUCCAAAGACAUGGAAGAGAUCAGAAGAGUUAACACAAUGGACAGCACAAUGAGAGAAUUACAAUUAGACGGAAAGAAUAAAGAGAAGAAGAAGAAGGGAUUGUUUUGAGAACAAAAUACCUGUCAUUUACUUGUAUUUUAAAUGCAUGUCAUUUCAUGCCAUUUGUUGCACAAGUAUUCACAUAACUAUAACAUAAGACCUCUUUUCUAUGACUUUCAAAGUUUGCUUUUUUAUCGAUUCUUUCGAUACUUUUCUCCAAAUUAAUACAAAUUCGAUAGAAUUGCCGAUUAAUACAUGACUUUUAAUAUCAAUAAUAAUUUUAUUGUAAUUCUUUGAAUGAAUCCAAAGGUUAGCCAAAGUUUUCAUUAAAUUUCAUAACUGGAGAACAAAUAAUAUUUCAAAAUCUAUCAAAUAUUCAACACUUUUUGUGAUUUGUAGCCAUUUGUUUCAUUCGGUACUAAUUCAUACAUUUUAAACCUGUGUUCACUUUUUAUGCAAAC